GUUCAGGGCAGCUACUCUUCAACUCUAUCUCCGUUUCACCAAGGCAUCGACAUGGGCCCAAAUAGCCGAGCAUUUUCCAUAUGGAUGCUGCAGCUGGCGAUAGACUAAAAAUGAUCCACAGGCCGCCUAGCUGCACAGUCAUUUCACCUCCAUUAUGUGUUACACCACUGCUUUAGGAUCUACUCCUAGUGUCUAUUGUGGUACUACCCUUCCCACAGAAUUCCUUUCAGGUUGUGCAUGGCGGAAGAUUAUGCCUACAGUUCACGCCUUGACCGCCAAUGGUUAUAUAUAGGUAAUGUCUUCCGUCGUCCUUUCCGACUCGCCUUUCUGCCUGCACGCAACCCUUACGUUCUCUAGUUGAUCUCAAGCUCCAACACUCGUUCUUCAGACCAACCCCAAUGAAGUCCAGUAUCGUUUUGCUCUCUACCGCCUUAGCAGCCGGAACUGCUAUGGCGGCCCCGCACUUCGGUAAGCCAAAACCCAUUACGAAAGUCUCCACCUCCGUUGUCCAGGUUGAUACCUGCGAACCCGCUACCUUCACCAGUGAGUUUCCCUCCACCUCGGGCUUAAUCACCUCUUGCACGCCUUGUACCGUUGAGCAGCACUUUACUACCGAGUCGUUAGAGUUCUUCAGCGGUAAGAGCCAUGGGAAGCACAAGACCCAUACCCGUAUUGUUACCAGACACAAGCCUACUCAAUGCUGCUUGACCUACACCACCACCGAAGACAUUUUCGGCAAGCAGCGCCAUGAUCAGCUCCACAAGAGAGGUGGUAACGUUGUGUGGGUGACUUCUACCAUCACCCUGAUGUACUGCUCAUCCUCCGCUCCAGAGACUUCCAAGUCAGCUCCAAGUUCAUCUCGUUCUACCAUCGUCGUUACGUCCACAGUGACCAGUAGCACUUGUUUGACUUCGUCCCAACCGGAAUCAUCGUCUGCACCAGAGUCAUCGUCUUCUCCAGCGUCGUCUACUACGGCUUCCUCUAGUUCUGUUCCAUCUCAGUCGGUUGGGGCCUCGAGCUUUUUCCCAUCUCUGUCAACUGGUUCCGCUCCGGCGUCUUCUGGCGCUGAAUCUUCUGCCCCAGCGUCUUCCGCUCCAGCUUCUUCAGGUGCUGAAUCUUCUGCUCCAGCGUCGUCUGCUCCAUCUUCUGGUGCUGAGUCAUCUGCUCCAGCGUCGUCUGCUCCAUCUUCUGGUGCUGAGUCAUCUGCUCCAGCGUCCUCUGCUCCAUCUUCUGGUGCUGAGUCAUCUGCUCCAGCUUCUUCUGCUCCAUCUUCUGGUGCUGAGUCUUCCGCUCCAGCUUCGUCUGC